AUGCUGUGGAGACCCAAAUUCGCAUGCGCUCCCACCGUGAACAAUCACGAAAUCUUGAAUGCGCGCUGCUGCAAACGCGACUCGCCCACGACCAUCCACCAUUCAAAUUUCCAGUUCAAGGGCAUAUGUUAUCGUAAGAAGAACACAAGUUUGCGUUCCCAAAGGUUGACGUGACGAAAACAGAUUUGGACCGCUGUCUCGACACACAGGACACCGCGCCAAGGCGUGGAUUGAGGAGCGUGAAUCGGUGGAUGCGGACGUGUACAUAUUUGAUGCACGGACCAACCUCAAGGCAAAGUGAGAAAUUAUGUGCGCUGCUCCUGACAUCACAUCACACCCACCUCCAAGUCUGACUUUUCUUUGCUCGACCCAUGAAAGGGUGCUCGACCGGACUUCUCAUCGGACUGACCACUCAACCCUCAACUUGUUCGGACUCGAACGCUCGCUCACCAAGAAGGUGGCUCGCAAGGUGAGCGCGAGGCAUCGAAAUCUUCUUCGGCUUGAAUAA